AUGGACGCUAGGCAUCAGCCUGAUGGAGACGAGGGCUACGUUUCGCCGGCGCAAGUCAAUCAGAUUCUACGCCGGAAACGCAAGGCUCGCGAGCGACGAGCGUGCUACCCUUGCCGGCAGCGCAAAGUCAAAUGUAAUUACGAAACGCCCUGUCAACGCUGCAUCGAUCGAAACCACGUAGAUCUUUGUUCCUACCAACAACCUCCCCAAGAGACGACCGAGACUGAGCCUCUUUCCAAUCCUCCUAUUUCCAGUUCCAGUCAUGGUGCGUAUCGCGCCGGCCCAGACUGGAAGCAGCUUUGGUCAAAACUGCAGACUGUCGAGGUUUUCCUCCGAGACAUCAAGAAUGAAGUAGCCGGCCAUGGUACGUCGCCGGCCGAAACCGCACCAUCUGUCAGACAGGGGAAUUCCUCUAGCCAGGGUACAAGAGAAGCGAAUACGACAGUGGUACCUGCGUUUCCGGCCAAGAGUGGUCUGGUGGCAGACGGCUCAGUGUACCUGGGAUGUGAUUCCGUCCCCGCCAUGGCCCUGGCUCUGGGCAAUGGGAACGAUGGAGAGGCCAUGCAAAACGUCGUUGGCUAUAGUGUUUUGCCUUUGUUUGGCCUCGACAAUGAGUCUGCGACCUACCCUUUCACCGACCUCUGGGGCUUGACCGAUACGUCUUCGCGGUUAAAGGAAGUUUGCAAAUUGAUACCCUCAGAUGCCGAUUGCUUCCAGCAUCUGCGACAUUAUCGCGAUAAUGCUAACGUCCUGUAUCCUGCAGUGGUCAAUAUCGACCAAUUUGAGGCUGAAAUGUCCAGGUUCCUCGUUACGCGGUCAAGCCGUCCUUCGCAGGUCCAUGCCUAUGUUGAUCAGUAUUCAGACAUAUACGGCCAAACCGUCCAUUGGCUCAGCCUCCUCUUUGCAUGUCUAGCCUCGGGUUGCCAGUGCUCAUCUCUUCCACGAAAGGAACGUCAACUGACUGCACAGGUCUACGUGUGCUGUGCCUAUGAGUGUUUGCGAAUAAGCAAUCAUCUGUCAAGGCCAACGCCCGUGGACAUUCAGUCCCUGUUGGUGGUGGGGAAUGUCAUCGCCAACAGCAUGAAUGCCGGCGUGGCCUGGUCAUUGCUUGGGCUUACCACCAGAUUGGCUCAGACCAUUGGUUUGCAUGAACCGGCAGAGUUCUCCGCAUCGCCGGACGAGGGACGUUUCCGAGAAGAGAUAUGGUGGCAGAUUGUGUGGCAGGAUAGUCUGCUCUCUAUCCUGUUCGACCGAUCCCCGGCAACUUCCACAAUCGCUACGACGCGGCCGCAUCAUGUUUCUAUGCACGAUUCGGAUAAACUGUCCUAUAUCAACUGCAUGAAGAGACUUUGCGCAGCCAUUCUUGACAUUGUCCGCGAUCGUUCAGUCUCCGUCAGCGCAAGCCAGGAAGUUUCACUUAUUCUCAAGCACCGAGACAGGCUGACGGCCAUCUUGGGCCAAGCAGCGCCGCACCUCACCGAUGUGUCCGCAUCCAAAAGUAUGAGAGACCAACUCGAGCACUGGAAUCUAUCACUGCAUCUUUCCUACGUUAUGUUCGACCUGCACCGCGCCACUCUCCGGAACCAAACCGACACAGCACUGGCUCAUCUCCGAGAUGCAUGCGUCGAUAGCCUGGCCAGUACCGUACACGCUUAUUUAGGCCUCCAAAAUGUGUCCUCAACAACGAGAACGUCCUGGAUCGCGACGCAAAGGGCCUUAAGCUCCGCCCUCCUUUUGGGCAUCAUAAAGGAGCACGCGAAGAACCAACGUGUCCAUACUCUGCUCAAUGACCUUUUGACAGUCAUGACGAAUCUCAACUCCGACACUGUUCCGUCCGAGGUGCCAGCUCCUAUCGCGAGGGCCACUGCAGCCCUAGGUAAAUUCCUUCACUCUUCUGAUGCGAUGGAGGUCGACAAUCCUCAAUGGUCUGGUCAUGCUUCUAUGCAAGGGGACAGAGACGGGUCACGGUCUUAUGACACAUCUGCAUUCAACUCUCCGACAAUGACGCCCGGGAAGUCUCCACAUGGCACCAGCCCAUUCUCCCUUUUAGGAGACAUUCUCUGGGGAACCCAGUCUAUGCAAGUUCAAGGUCUCUAUCGACGGUCUUAAGGGACUUCCUCAAAUUCAUUUUGGUGGUUUGAGCGUUGUCGAACCGUCUUGGAGGGUCGACACUACCACGCGGCUGUACCCGAAGCACGAUCCUUGAAGCAUGUGCACCUUCCCUGGCCUCCGCACGGCAAUUUUCCUGGGAAACAGCGAGUCUCGAAAGACGUUGUUCUAUGAUGCCGUACGGUUCAACAAGCAGGCCGGUCAAAGUAUAUAUACUACCUCCGCUGUCACGGUCACCGGAUUACGCAAGGCCGGUUUGUGUGCAUUUAUCCAGAAGUACACUGGAAUACAUCAUCUUGUAAGGCAUGAAACAAGAUUCAACUGUCAAACGUCAGCCUCCCUUCUGUUGCAACGCAGGAGUCCGCACGGCAGUAAUAAUGGACCGAGCCGGAAGCGCCAAAUGUUUCUGACGGACGUCCGAUUCGUAACGACUGAUGUACAUCAACCUGGGCCCCAAAAAGGACACCUUUUUCAUGCUGCCUUCGUUCAAAACAUUGCUCCACUUGUUGUCACUGGGCAGGAUGCAAGGAUUGAACUGAACACGGCUUUUAUUGGCUCAAACUGAAGAGAUGAGGGACAAUUCCUGGCCAUCACACCGGUCCCGACCCGGUCGGCGGCUAGAUGCUGUUCCGUCUGUCGAAGCUUAUUUGAUGGUGAGGUCUCAUAUGAGAUGCAGUUUCAGUCCCAGCGUAAACGCUCACAUUGGAAAGUGUUCUCUAUUUUCCUUCUAGAUGAAUGUGCUGAUCUCCCAAAGGACGAGAUGGAACGGCAUUGUACGGUAUGGAGAGACACCCUAGGGGCACGUCAAUAUGUGGAAACGCUGUCUCAUAUUCUGAAUCGAGACGCUGAGGCUACUGACCUUGUCGACGCACUCUUACGGCUCUCUUUCACGCUCACUGUUUUGUCUAUCUCGCUGAAUUCCCGUUGUUCUUGGCGUCUGCGUGUCUUGACUGCGACCUGUCACACAGUGUAUGGAAGUUUGAGUGGGCUUCUUUCAGAGCCAGACGACCGUUUUGAAUCCCGUUUGCCCGACUCUCUGUCUCGAGCAGUCGCCAGCGAACGAGGUCUGACCAUGAGGGAAUGGACUCUGUUGACAGAGUUCUACGCUUCGGCCAUCGCCAUCGCUAUAAAGGAACUCCGGCUGACCGCAAGAGAACAUAACGCAGUCUGUGCUGCUACCUCUCUCGAAACAGUAUCAUUCGCUCAAAUGGAUAUCAGUCAGGCUCUUGACCUCACGGAAAGUCUUCUCGCUCGUAUCGAGGCAGAAAGGAAUUUUGCCAUUGGACUUCGGAUGACACCGUGGAACCAGCAGAGGUCAUUAACCGGCUCUAACGAGGCCGCCGCUUUUCAGAACCUGCCUCUAAUGAUUAAGUGCCAAAGAUGGGAUAUUUGGGGCUUGAUGAGGUACGGGGUGGCGAUUUGCCAGUCUUUCCACCUCCUCGAAAACCUCGAGCCUCCACCGCCUUACACACCUUGAGCACUGUCCCGGUAUUCCGGAUUGAUAGGUUAUUCGAGAUGCAGUAUUUUGUAAGAGAGGAAGGAGAUACACGGUCAGGCAGCCAAAGAACAUAUGCACUUUUGUCCAGCCAACGCUUCAAAAGGCCCCACCUCGCGGAUGGCCAGAAUGCAGGCGUGGACAGGUCAUGGCUAUGCCUCUAAGGGGUGAACAAUGUGCCCGCAUUUGAAUCCAACUCCGCCAUGCCAUUAAGCUUCUCCGCGUCUCCUGCCACCCUACAACAACUGCUGGAAACGAUCUGUUACUGUAUCGCUGCCAUGAGCUCGAAUGUAUCGAAGUUCUGGCCAGCUACGUCCCCGGAAUCUCCGGCUACACCGGCUUAUGUGGCACUUUGAGAUCUGUCAGGCUAGACAAUCACAACACUUAUCUUAACGAAAUAGCCUACGGAAAAGUGGUGUAGGCGAUUGCAAUUAGAAAUUGAAGGGUGUUGACGUGAGCGGGUGUUGGAGUGGCAGAGCUAAUUAGAUCCCGCUUAGGUACUGUACUAUUGAGGCUUC